CAUUUACGGUCACUAACGCCCAGCAACAGCCGUCGCCUCUCUCUCAUUCUUUCGUAGUGUACACACAUUGUACACGGGCAUAUCCCAUCUAACUCUACCCCGAGGCCUACCGACACCAUGUGCCAGCAAGACCCACCCGACGAGUGCUCGACGGAUGCCGACACAUCGUCCCCAACAAAACAAGCCACGGGCUCGGAGGAGCAGCUCCCGAUAGAACCAAAUUCCGAUCAAAACUCUCCGUCAAACUCGGCGUCAUCGUCUCCGCCAGUAUCCUGCACACAGCGGGUAAUUGCCUUUUACUGGGAACAAGAGUUUCUGUUACUCGUCAUCGCGGCUAUUCUACUCGCCCGGGCCUACCCACCCCUCGGCGCUACGUACCUGGCACCCGAUAUCACCGCGACUUGGCUCGCCGUCUGUUUCAUUUUCGUCAUGGCUGGCUUGGGAUUGAAAACGGAAGAAUUCUCCAAAGCAUUGCAACGUGUCUAUUUCAACGGAUUCGUGCAAAUGUUUAAUUUUGGAGUCGUCUCGAGCAUCAUUUACGGUCUCAGUCGAGCGCUCGAGGCGGGUAACAUCCUCGGACAGGAUUUGGCCGACGGUAUGGUGGUAUGUGCCAGUUUACCCAUGACCAUCAAUAUGGUCCUGGUGCUCACCAAAAGUAGCGGUGGCGAUGAGGCCGCCGCCAUUUUCAAUGCGGCCUUUGGAAAUUUAAUUGGGGUCUUUCUCAGUCCCGUCCUCAUUCUGGGCUACCUCGGGGUAACGGGAGACAUUGACCUCUUUGAAGUCUUCUACAAACUAGCUCUCCGCGUGGUAGUACCGGUGAUUGUUGGGCAAAUUUUGCAAAAGAAAUCCAAAACCGUCGUCGAGUUUGUCAAAAAGCACAAACACUACUUCAAACAAGCCCAGCAAUACUGUCUCGUUUUUAUUGUCUACACGGUCUUUUGCAAAACCUUUGAAGAGGAAUCGCAGUCUUCUAUUGGUGACAUCUUUCUCAUGAUUGCCUUCCAAUUCCUCUUCUUAAUGUCCCUCAUGGUUCUAGCCUGGUACACGCUGGGCGUGCUCUUUCGGGACGAGCCCACGUUACGGGUCAUGGGCUUGUUCGGUUGCACGCACAAAACCGUUGCCAUGGGUGUCCCGCUGAUCAACGCUAUCUACGGAGAUGACCCCGCCGUAGGUUCGUACACGCUGCCCUUACUUAUUUGGCAUCCAAUGCAGCUGGUGGUCGGGACCAUUCUCGCACCGAGGCUGAGUGCCUACGUCGACCGGGAACGGGAGCGACUGGGAUGGGCCGAUGCAACCAUCGAAACAGGUUCGGGCGAAUACGUUAAUGACAACGAGAAUCAUGGCGACGAGGAGCAACCUACGUCCUAUGACGGCAGCCGAUUAAUAUCGCACCAGACGGAGAAAUGA